AUGGCUUGGCGAAACGGCAAAUGGACCACGAGUGGCCCCGGCUAUGGGACGCGUCUCCCCGAGCAUGACCAUGAAAAUUCCGACAACCCUCGCAUCGGAGAUCUUGCGAACGAUUUGGACGGGCUUGGUAUCAAUAACAGUUCGCGUACCGGAAGCACUCCGGUUGACACCAGUCUCACAUCGGCCCCACCUCGAUCAGCUCGUUCCCGUUUCUUUGGAUCGAACAAUAUAUAUGGGAGUCUGGCGGACAAUGACAACGAUGAUGACUCCCAAGAAGAUCUGAGCCCGGGGAUCGAUGCUAAAGGCUUGGAUUUCAGUGUCAAGGCGCAUGGCGAUGGCCAAUCUGGUACUAAUGCUCCUGAGAGCCGUGACGACGCGAACCAAGAGCGCUCUCCCGAGUUUGGGGACUCUGGCAGCUAUUCCUUGAACCUGGCACGGCAACUCAACCAGGUCGUCAAUAACAAGAACGCACGCCCCAACACAAACUCGCCAAACAAGGGCCGCGACAGUUCCUCCCCUCGCCAGGCCAUCGUACCUUAUGGAAUGAUAGAUCAGAGGGUGAAUACCCGCCACGGCUCAAAUGUCGACCCUUCCAAAAAGCCAUCAUCGGGCCAUAGCCGCCAUCCCGGUCGCCGAGGAUACACCGCACAGAAUCCAACCUCCAAUACCUGGCAUUCGCAAGACGCUAUGCUCAUGCAGGAAUUCAUCGUCCUCCGCAACUCAAUGCGCCGUCUAUUCAAGCACAGCGAUGUGGCCAAGUGGAAACACGGCGAUUACCUCGCACACAAACAGGCACAGGCUCAGGCAGAGAUGGAACGGCGUGCAGAAAAGACUGAAAAUGGAAAGAUCCUCCGUGCCUCUCCGACCCUUCAGCAGAAUCCUCUGGAUCAGGUCACGCACGACCUAUGUAGCCAACUCCUGGCUGGGCUACAUUUCCAAGGUAACAUCUCUUUAGUCCUUGGGCUUCCCACAAUCUGGUGCGAGAACUGGACCGACGGUAAGGAAGAAAUUGCUCCGUGGCCAUCUAUUGCAGAACUCAAAUGGGAGGGUGACGACCGGGCCAAAACUAAUGUCGGUCGCUAUCCCCCUAUUCCUCGCGAGAUGGGUGCUCCAGGCAUUGUCUGGAGCCAGCUCCAAAUGGUAGAGCAGUAUCCUCUGGACCAAGUCAGCCUCAUUCCAACCAUGGAGGAUAUCUAUGCGCCUAUCGAGGAGAUUGAGGAUGAGGUCAAGUAUGACCUGAUUCCGCGAAGCCUAGAAAUCGCCAUUGAGAAGUACCUAGAGUCCUAG